AUGCAUAAGAAAAUUGAAAUAAGAUUGUGCUCGAUUUCAUAUUUCUAUAAUGUCCAAUAAUAAAAUAAUUAUCUUUUAUAUGAUUUUUCUCUUCCAGAAAAUAACAAAUAAUGCAAGGCAAUUAAAGUUGAUUCAAAUAAACUAAAAGAUGCCACUAAAAUAGAUUAAGCUCUCGAAACUACGUAUAUCUCUUAAUCUUAUUUAAGACCAGAACAAAUUAAACUAUUGGAAAAGAAGAGAAGAGCCUAUAAUUUUAUACUUCCAUUUAAAUAAUCCAAUUGCAUCACAUCCCAUUUGUCAUAAUUGCUGACAUAAUCUGAUGGUCUCUCCCUAAAUUUAGACUCUGAUAAUUUCUUUGAUAUUCUACUAGAAUACAAAGACUUAGAAAAGCUUAUUAAUAGUGAUAACAUUGUGGAAAAUUUGAAAAUAUUUCAUCUCCUAUUAUUAAAGGAAUUAGUGAGAGAAAUAUAUAUUAUAUGUGAAUCAUAAGAAAAUUUAGUUUCUCGUUUUCCUUUUUGUUAUUAGAGCUUUGACUUCAAUUUCCCAAACGAGAUAAUUGAAAAUUAACUUUACUUAGGUAAUAGCAAUCAUGCCAACAAUCUCAAAGCUUUAAAUCUAUUAGGAAUCACCCAUAUUGUUAAUUGUGCCCAAGAAAUACCAAAUUAUUUCAGUGAUGUUUUGUAGGAAAAUAAGAAAUUCCUUGAAUAUUUUCAGGUUCCUGUUUUGGAUUUGGAGGAAGAACCCAUAUCUGAUCAUUUUGAUGAGGCUUACAUUUUUAUUAAUGAAGCCUUGAGUCAAUAACAAAAUAAAGUUCUCGUUCAUUGUGCCUAAGGAAAAAGCAGGUCGGCCACAAUUGUCAUAAUGUUCUUGAUGAGAAAUAAGUAAUGGACUUUUGAUUACUCUUAUGAAUAUGCCAAGAAAAGAAGAGAAACUAUAUCCAUAAACGAUGGAUUUCAAUUCUAAUUAUUGCAGAUUUGA